UAACUCCUGGGCUGGUGGGGAAGAAAAGGCCCGGGGAAAGGAGCCAGUGGGGGCGUGGCCUGCUGCCCUAGGCGUGGGCUCUGGUCCCUAACCCCUAACAGUGACAUGGGGAAUCCCCAGGGGCCCCCAAGCUUCCUUGGCACCGCACAGCUCCUCCUCCUGUGUCUGCUCUGUCUGCUUCCACUAUUCCAAGUGGCCAGGCUGAGCCAGGUGCCCAGAGAACAGCCCCUGUGGUCCCUGCUGAAACAGUACUGCCACACCAUGGUAUCGCUGGAUGACCCCGUAGGUCCCUACUCCUACUGCAACACAACCUUGGACCAGAUCGGGACCUGCUGGCCCCGGAGCGCGGCUGGAGCCCUUGUGGAGAGGCCGUGCCCCGAGUACUUCAAUGGCAUCAAGUACAACACGACCCGGAGCGCCUACCGAGAAUGCUUAGAGAACGGGACAUGGGCCUCAAAGAUCAACUACUCCCAGUGUGAGCCCGUUUUGGAUGACAAGGUGUUCUCACCUCCCCCAAGAACCCAGAACCAGUGGACAGAGGAGGGUUGGGCUGGGUGCCCAGACACUGGCCACAGAAGACCCGACCAUGGACACCAUCGGGAUGGGGGGCUUCGCUCCCAUACAGCGCCCCUCCAACCUAGGCUAAGUCUCUUCCUGGCCCCUAACCCCAGCCAUGUCAGAGCUCUGACCCCAGGGGACCUGUCCCAGCUGACCCAGGCUCACCUGGCCUCCCCUAGGAGCAUCCGCUGCCUGCGGAACGUGAUCCACUGGAACCUCGUCACCACCUUCAUCCUGCGAAACGUCACGUGGUUCCUGCUGCAGCUCAUUGACCACGAAGUGCACGAGAGCAACGAGAUUUGGUGUCGCUGCAUCACCACCGUCUUCAACUACUUUGUGGUCACCAACUUCUUCUGGAUGUUCGUGGAGGGCUGCUACCUGCACACGGCCAUCGUCAUGGCCUACUCCACUGAGUGCCUGCGCAAGUGGAUCUUCCUCUUCGUUGGAUGGUGUGUCCCCUGCCCCAUCAUUGUCGCCUGGGCCAUUGGCAAACUCUGUUAUGAAGAUGAAAAGUGCUGGUUUGGCAAGGAACCCGGCAACCUGGUGGACUACAUCUAUCAAGGCCCCAUCAUCCUCGUGCUCCUGAUCAAUUUUGUGUUUCUGUUCAACAUUGUCAGGAUCCUAAUGACAAAAUUACGAGCAUCCACCACAUCCGAGACAAUGCAGUACAGGAAGGCAGUGAAGGCCACCCUGGUCCUCCUGCCCCUGCUGGGCAUCACCUACAUGCUCUUCUUCGUCAACCCCGGUGAGGACGAACUGUCGCAGAUCGUGUUCAUCUAUUUCAACUCCUUCCUGCAGUCUUUUCAGGGCUUCUUUGUGUCUGUCUUCUACUGCUUCUUCAAUGGAGAGGUGCGCUCAGCUGUGAGGAAGAGGUGGCACCGCUGGCAGGACCAUCACUCCCUCAGAGUGCCUGUGGCCCGGGCCAUGUCCAUCCCCACAUCACCCACGAGGAUCAGCUUCCACAGCAUCAAACAGACAGCUGCUGUGUGACUGCUGGGUCACUCACCUGCCCAAGACCCCACCACAGAGGCAGCUCCCCACCAUCCUCCUCCUCCUCCCUUCAUAUUGCACAGCCCCAGGGACACAGGAGAAGGGAGAGGAGAGUCCAGCCCUCCAGCCUGGCAGGAGAGCCGCUGUACGAGCUGAAGAGGGCUCUGAGGGAUGCAGGGCCUGUUGUGGCCGCAAGUCUCCAUGCAAGAAGGAGCAGAGGAGGGUGGCCAUGGAACUCCUAAAAAGAGUAGGGCAGACACCUUUAGGCACUUGCCAAUCCCAGCCUCUCUUGAUGGACCUUCACUGUAGCCCUACUCAACGAAGGCCAAGGAAAAGGCCUGCCCGAGUCACAUGGCUCGCUGCGCAGUCCCACUGCUUAGUCCUGCUCCCCGCUUCUCCACACUCAAGGGUCUGCAGCUGGGAUAUCAAGGGUCAUCCAGCUGGCUGCAUCCAAGCACUGUCAACAGAGAAGCCUUCCUCGCACCCUGCCCACAACUGGCUGUCCCUCCCCUCUCCCCAGUCAUCUCCUCCUUGGGACAGCAGCCAGGAUGUUGCCUGCUUCCUCCCCAGUGCUCAGAUUGGGGACGUGGAAGGGCCAGGUCAGGAGGGAGAGACAGCCAGCAGAGCCACACCCUUAGGCCAACCAGAUACACAGCACAGAAAAGAGGGGGAGCAAAAGUACGGGGGUAGGAGGGAGUGGGUGGGGAUAGUGUAUCUGGUGAUGAGAAUGAAUCAGCUCCCCACCCCGUACCAGCUGAAAAAUAAACCAUGCCCUGGAAUUGGCCUCCUCUCAGGUCGUGUGACCAGGAUUUGAGGGCAGUGUGGGCCAAACACGGGAGCUAGUUCUGCAGAACACAGCCAUGUCUCCCCUCUCUAGCAGACACUGGCCCUGGCUGGGGCAGACUUUCCUCUCUAACCUGUGGAGUUUGGAGUCAUCACGCUCAGAGCACCUGCAGGUCACUUUAUCGAUCCUCAGGCUGAAACCCACCCCCAGCCCCAACCAAAGGCAGUUGACUGACUCAGCAUGGAUGGAGUGUGCAGCUCAACCUGUAAAGCAGACCUGUCCCAGGGGCCAAAGCCCCAGACUCUGCAGGGGCAGGUAGACAAGGCUACUCAGGCUGUUUCUGAUUUAAUUUCCAUCCCCAUCCACCUCAAGGAAAGUAACCAGAAUCCAGAGAGAAGCCACUAGGUCAUUAGUUUGAAAAAGUUCUAGAUACCCCCACAAAAAUAAACUUCGCGAAAUUAUGUAUCCCACCCUGCACAUUCUUAACUUGGUAUUGAAUAAGGUUUUAAAGGUGCAAAGGAUCUGAUCUCUAGCAUUUGGUAAAUAUUUACAUUUUAAAAUAAAACUACCAGUACUUUAAAAUAUACCACAUGGAAUGUAGACACUGCAGCAAUUUAAUACUCAGCCUCAUUAUCGAAAAAGCACACGAGCCAGCUCUUUAUUAACAGGUGGAGAAUUUACAGUACUCCCUUUCUCUUUAACUUGUAUCUUCAUCCAUCCACGCCUAUGGAAUUUUAGAGUGAUGCAAUUUUCUUUAAUGAAAGUCUCGUGGCUCGCCC